AUGCUCUAUCAGCAUGGAAAGUACCAGAAACCAGGCCAGGCAUCUGCCUUCCUGAGCACGGGGGCCGAGAUCACCAUCACCCCCGAGCCCGCCCGGCCAGCCGAGGGGGACAACAUCACCCUGGCCGUCCAGGGGCUUUCAGGGGAGCUGCUUGCCUACAACUGGUACGCGGGGCCCACGCUCAGCCUGUCUUACCUGGUGGCCAGCUACAUCGUAAGCACGGGCGACGAGACCCCCGGCCCGGCCCAUACGGGGCGGGAGGCUGUGCGCCCUGACGGCGGCCUGGACAUCCAGGGCGUCCUGCCCCGGCACUCGGGCACCUACAUCCUGCAGACUCUCAACAGGCAAUUUCAGACGGAGGUGGGCUACGGACAUUUGCAGGUCUAUGAGAUCCUGGCCCAGCCUGUGGUCAUGGCCAAUAACACAGCACUGGUGGAGCACCGGGACACCCUGCACCUGACAUGCAGCAGCCCCAGCCCUGCUGAGGUCCGCUGGUUCUUCAACGGUGAUGCCCUGCCCAUCUCCGUCCGCCUUGGCCUGUCCCCCGAUGGCCGGGUCCUGAUCCGGCACGGCGUCCGGAGGGAGGAGGCCGGAGCCUACCAGUGUGAGGUCUGGAACCCGGUCAGUGUCAGCCGCAGCAAGCCCAUCAACCUGACCGUGUACUUUGGCCCAGAGCGCGUGGCCAUCCUCCAGGAUUCCACCACCCGCACGGGCUGCACCAUCAAAGUCGACUUCAACACGUCGCUCACGCUGUGGUGCGUGGCCCGGUCUUGCCCGGAGCCCGAGUACGUGUGGGCCUUCAACGGGCGGGCCUUAAGGAACGGCCAGGACCACCUCAACAUCAGCAGCAUGACAGCGGCCCAGGAGGGCACGUACACGUGUAUCGCUAAGAACCCCAAGACUCUGCUUUCCGGAUCCGCCUCAGUGGUGGUCAAACUCUCUGCGGCAGCCGUCACCGUAACAAUUGUGCCCGUGCCAACCAGGCCGAUGGAGGGCCAGGACGUGACGCUGACUGUACAGGGCUACCCCAAGGACCUGCUGGUCUACGCCUGGUACCGGGGGCCUGCCGCGGAGCCCAACCGGCUGCUCAGCCAGCUGCCUUCGGGGAACUGGAUCGCAGGCCCUGCGCACACAGGCCGGGAGGUGGGCUUCCCCAACUGCUCGCUGCUGGUACAGAAGCUGAACCUCACGGACUCGGGCCGCUACACGCUCAAGACCGUCACGCUGCAGGGCAAGACUGAGACGCUGGAAGUGGAGCUGCAGGUGGCCCCCCUGGAGUAGCACCGUGACCCUGGAGACAUCCAGAGAGAUGAGCGCUUCGAGCCCCCCUCCUCGUCUCCGCCCCCUGAGUGGAGGACCCCUCGCUUCCAGCAAGGAUGCCGGGCCAUGGUCCACUCUUCUGCUUCCACCCUAGAGUUAGAGCCACCGGGGCCCCCCUCCUUCACUAAGCUGUCAGAGAGCCACAGAGGCUAUAAACAUCCUGGUUAACACA